AAUAGUCAGUCGUAUCCUAUCAGAAUGUGUACAUAAAUAAAUGUUGAAACUUCCCUCUUCUUCUCCUCCAUCCCCAAAUCCCGUUCUGCGUCACGGUGGCGCUUUAUUCUCACGGCGGAGCGCCUCACCGGUUGCAGACGGUGUCGUGAUUCCCUAACCUCACAUCAUCAUCGUCAUCAUCCUUUAGCUGAAGAUGGGGCAGAGCAUGAGCUGUGGAGUGAGACCGGACCACCAGGGUAUCUUCGCCUCCGUCCAGUGCGGCGACAUCGUCACCGUGCGAAGAGCGAUGUCCACGGAUCCGAGUCUUCUGAACCAGACCACUCCUUACGAUCGCCACUCCCUCCUCCACGUCGCUGCCGCCAGUGGUCAGAUCGAGAUCUUGUCCUUGCUGUUGGAGAGAUUCACGAAUCCAGAUGUGUUGAAUCGUCACAAGCAGACUCCGUUGAUGCUUGCUGCCAUGUACGGGAGGAUCUCAUGCGUCAAGAAGCUUGCUCAAGUCGGAGCUAAUGUUCUGAUGUUUGAUUCCGCCAAUCGAAGAACAUGUUUGCACUACGCAGCGUACUACGGACAUGCUGAUUGUCUCCAAACCGUUCUCUCUGCUGCUCAGUCAAGCCCCGUUGCUGUUCAUUGGGGAUAUGCGAGAUUUGUGAAUACAAGGGAUGACAAAGGAGCAACAGCCUUGCAUCUAGCUGCUAGGCAGAGACGUCCUGAAUGUGUUAAUGUUCUCUUGGACAGUGGCUCUCUUGUUUGUGCUUCCACUAGCCUUUACGGCUCUCCAGGGAGCACACCUCUUCAUUUGGCUGCAAGAAGCGGAUCUAUCGAUUGCGUCAGAAAGUUACUUGCUUGGGGUGCUGAUCGUCUUCAGAGAGACGCUUCUGGGAGGAUACCGUAUGUGGUUGCGAUGAAACACAAGCACGGAGCAUGUGGGGCGUUGCUUAACCCCUCUUCUGCUGAGCCUCUUGUCUGGCCAUCCCCUUUAAAGUUCAUCAGCGAGCUUAACGAGGAGGCGAAACUGCUCUUGGAGCAGGCUUUGAUGGAUGCUAACAGGGAGAGAGAGAAAACCAUCCUCAAGGGAACUGCUUUCUCUUUACCGUCACCAUCUUACUCUGACACAGCCUCAGAUGAUAACAUGUCUGAGAUGAGUGAUUCGGAGCUGUGCUGCAUUUGCUUUGAGCAAGCAUGCACGAUUGAAGUCAAAGACUGUGGUCACCAAAUGUGUGCGCAAUGCACUCUUGCACUGUGUUGUCACAACAAACCGAACCCAACUACUUCAACCGUGACUCCACCGGUCUGUCCAUUCUGUAGAAGUGUUAUCUCACGGUUAGUAAUCGCCCAGAACAACGACAAUAGCAAGAGCCAGAGCCAAGACGAAGUUGUUGAUCGUGAGGCAGGUGAUGUCAGCUCUUCAAAACUCAGAAAGCAUAGAAAAUCGGUAAACCUUGGAGAAGAAAGCAGCAGUUUCAUGGGACUAUCAAGCAUUGGAUCGUUCGGGAAGAUAACCGGCCGUGGCUCGGGAAGGAUCGCAGCCGACAACGAGCUGAUGGACAAACCGAUACUGUGAGAAUGUAAUGGAAAAUCAAUGAUUUAAAUAAGGAAAAGAAGAAGUGAGUUUAUGUAACGAAAUCAAUGAUUUGUUGUUUCUUUUGAUCAAUUUGAAAAAUGGUUUGUUGUCAUUA